GUUAAACGAUGUUAAGCACCUUCCCGCUAUUCCUUCUUUGCUUGUCACUCGUUAACAUCAAAGGAGUCCUCGGCCAGGAAUUGAUAUCCUGGCUCCCUCUCGUCCAUCGAAGCACCAACACUUCUGCUGUCAACAUCUCGUACAUUCCCGAUGCCUGCACGUCUAAUUGCGAGAUCCUUAUAUCCAUCGUUGCCUGCGGAAGCAGCAUGAGCUCCUGCCUAUGCUCGACCAACUACAACGCGAGCGUAUCUAAUUGUCUUACCUGCUUCAAGAGUUCGGCUUCAGGCUCUGAGGAGGAUGCGAUGCUCGAAGAGUUGGAUGAGUUGUAUGCCGAAUGCGAAGCCGCUUCCUCGACCGAUGCAGCGACAACGGGCGGAAUUAAAGAAAGUGCUGCUCUAGCGGGGAUGAUGAUAGCUACUUCGUGGAUACUGACGUUUUUGCUCUAAUUCUUCACCAGACAUGGUCUUUGGUGUUCGCUCGUUCUUACAUUCAUUUGAUAUUUA